UUGUAACGACCUUCUUACAAUUGCUAUGGGAUUCCUCAGGAAUCCCUAAAAAAAUAAAACGAUACAACAAACAGCAUGUUGCAGAGCCAUCUCUCAAGAAAAAGAGGAAUUGCGACACUCGCGUGACGUAGUCUAUGGCCCACACAAACUCUCUCCCACGAUCCAUAUCCAGAGAGGAAAACGAAAUGUAUAGUCGCGUGCAUGCGGAGUGAGAUGGCUCACGCCCCCCAGCAAUACGGGUUGCAUUGGGGAUCGCGGCCCAGACUAUGAGGGAAAAUGCGAAGAAGAAUCGUCGGAUCGGGUUACGCGGCAGAGAUGGAUAGGCCAAUAUACUUCUGCCUUGCAGAUAUAUUGGCAAAGCGAACAACCGAAACACAAUAGGUGUUUACGCGAUUUGCAAAUUUCUAUUGUUGGGCCUCAACUAGGCAAGUAAAUGGGAAUGCCACCAAUCAGUUUAGCGAAGCCAAGCUAGUUAGACGCAAAGUUGAUGGUGAAAUAGCUCAAAAAGUUGUUAGAAAGCCAGAUUGUUACCCAGUGCGUGAUAGUCAGAUUGAAGAUUUCAGAUUCCGUUGAAAAUAUUGUGCUAGAUACGACUGUAGAUCGUGAAUACAUACGAUUCCAAAAAAAAAAGCAUAGGUAAGCAAGAUUAUAUUGCCUAGAAACAAUUAGGAUCGAUAAUAAUUUCGUUGGGGGGUUAGUCUCCCUUCAACGAAGGGUUUUUAUUCUGGGUUCUGAAAACCCUACCCUAUAGGGCCUAAGCGCGCAUCGCCGUCCUCUCUACGCGUAACGGUGCUCAUCAUUUCCGGCGAAACCAGUGAGACGAUACUCCCCCGUGCGGCUGGAGAACUCCUAAACUCUCCCUGCGACCCACCGCGAGCGACGCCGAGCCGUUGCCUACCGUGAUCCAGGCGGUCACUCUCCUUCGACCCGAUUUGAGCAUCCACAUCACGCGGUACGCGUAGCCACGCAGCUCGCCUCAUUGGUGAGAACAGUGCAGCUCUCUCUCUCUCUGAGCCAUACCGUCAGGCGACGCGCAAGCCCCUGCCUCUCGCGAUCGGUGCCUAUCGGUCGAACAGGUGGCUCCAAUAUUACCACAGUGGGAGCUCGCAGCGUAAGCAGUAACCCAGUAAAGAGUGAGCCCCGAGUGAAACGCGAUCUCUCAAUCACGCCGCCAGGCAGAUCUCCUGCUCUUUGAUCGGUACAACAGCAAGUUGCCGCAAUACAAGACACGUCUACGCCUCACCGAGUAUCUGCGUAUCUCACCGGCUGCAGUUGCAGGUCGCGCGACACCUGUAGGAGCAACACGACGAUUGGGCCCCAACGACAGAACAUAGUUUGUUCUACGAAACUGUAAGUUCGUUCUUUUUUUUUCCUUUGAGCUCAAAGUAGGUCUAGUAGAUAGUAUUCUAGAUUGUACAAUUGUAAAUAUACUUUAUCCGAUCGGAGGUCCAAAAUACACCGCUAACUUUGCUGAAUUGGUUGUAGCCUUCCUAUUAGUUUUUUUUUCUUUUUUAAUUUUAUUCGGUGAUCCUUUUUCGAUUUCUUAUUUCGUUGGAGCUUCCGUUUGGGUUGUCGGAGAAACAGUGUGUUUGAGCCACUUUUUACAACUCGCCCGUGACAGAGUCUCAAGCCGGACCUUAAAAAGCGUCAGCAGUCUCUCUAACCCGAGAGUGGCGCUAAAGCUGCUGACGUUGUGUGCAAUAGAACCGUUACAUUUGGCGCCCAACGUGGGGCCCUGAGAAUUUUGGGCAAUUUAGUAAUUUUUCGAAUUUCGUUAGUUUCAGUAAAUCGGUUAAUUUUGAGUUUUUGUUAGGUUGACUAUUGGAUUUGGUUUAGUUUUAAGUUGGAUUUGGUUUUCUUUAGGUUUAUACAUUGAAUUCGUUAAAUUUCCUUUAUAGAAUAAGAAUAAGUUUAUUGUGCUGUUCCUCUAUAGAUAUAAGUAUUUUUUUUCUUCGUUUCUUUUUUUUUUCUCAAAGUGACUAUUAUUACAUUGACUUUUUUAUCAGCCAUUGAAUUAACAAGUGAAUUUGAAAAGUUGUACUUAAAAAUGGAUGAACAUACAGUAGGGGAGACGACCUCUAAUUCUCAGAGGACAUUGGUGACCCCGCCGAUAUGGGAGGCCGAUUUUUCCCGGGAACGUAGAGCUGGGAAUCAAGGUGAAACUGUCCAGUAUCGUGGACAACGCCUUGCUUGGGCUGACCAGGUGGUCCAAAAUUACUCUUUGGAUAGUCGUCUGCCAGCAUCGAACAAUUUGCAAUCCGAAUUGGAUCGCGCCUCGAGAAUGAACUUAUCCGCAGAUGGAUUUCAACUGCCAUCUCGAGUUUACCCUACGGCUACUUCGCAGGAAACUCCCGGUAGCACUUGGCUUCGUGCUCCGCCAAAUAUCUCUCAAUUUUCGGAACCAGUAGCGAGUGCAACUCAAUAUAGUACUGCGAAUCCGGCAAAUAUCAGAGAUCUCUCUUUUGGCCUGCCAACGGUAGGCACGUCAACGGCGAAUUUGCUUCCAGAGUUGGUGUCGACCUCUGUUGAAGGUGAUAUGAGACCGUUGUUAAACUCCACUGUCCAACCUAAUCUGUCGACUAAUGGUGCAGCCUGGACAUCGGCCCCGAUUAGCUCAGAAGCAAUGGUGAAUUCCGCCUAUAUGACUACUGAAAAUCAGCGUCGUUCUUCCCAAACGUUGAAUCCAUUCCUUUCGGAUCCCGGUAGUACUUGUCCGGGGGCCUCCGGAAAUUUGAACCGCUCAAGCCGAGGUGUUCUCACACUUGAACAAGAGGCACAGACUCCUAUUCCACCUGCAAAUGAGGCAUCAAUGGCAAAUAAUUUCGUACAUGUGUCAGAAAUUCAAAACUAUGUUGAGACUUACGUGCGUCAACUGUUGACGAGUCAAGCAGGUCGUCCAAUCGUCCAUGACACCUCAAUCAACCGUCUCACUCAGCAGAUGGGAGGAGUUGGAAUACACGAUGUGGACAUUUCGCAGAUGUCCCAUCCGUCUUCGGUCCCUCAAGCCCGACCUGGACUUUCUCCACCUCUACAGAUGCGUUCCGCUGGUACAUCUGAAAGAGUACUGGAAAACAGAGGAGAUCUGAUGAACGAUACGCCUCAAGUAUUCAGACAGGUUUUGCGCCAACGGCUCUCCACGAACAGGGCCAACGCCAUGAACCCACCGUUCGGGAAAAUUAUUCACCAAACCCGUCGCCUAAUUCAUCCCUACGGGGAAGUGCGGUUCCACACCAGGGUCAAAGAGGAAGGUUGCCGCAUCAAACAUGCAACAUCUUGGAGAAGUGGCCAAAGUUCGCAGGUGAUGCAAGUCCGAUUCCUGUUGUAG